CACAUGACUCGCCUCAAACCAGGAAACAGUUUGUUCCUCGUCUUCUCUAAAGAGACACAGGCUGAAAAACAUUCGAUCAGAUUCACCUUCAGACCAAACUAACAGCUUCCUCUGAGUGAGUCCAGCUACAGGAGAGAAAAGAGGAAAACUACAACACUGCUGCUUCAACCUGCUGACUCUCCACACACUGAAGCUUCACUCAGACUAAAUGGCUUCCAGAUCAGAGGAGGAUCUCUGCUGUCCGGUCUGUCAGGAGGUCUUUAGAGAUCCUGUUGUUCUGUCAUGUAGCCACAGCUUCUGUAAAGACUGUCUGAAGAGAUGGUGGAGAGAGAAACAAACACAAGACUGUCCAGUUUGUAAGAGAAGAUCUUCAAAGGAUGAUCCACCCUGUAACCUGGUGUUAAAGAACCUGUGUGAGUCCUUCUUACUGGAGAGAGAUCAGAGAUCUUCAGAGGAUCUCUGCAGUCUGCACUCUGAGAAACUCAAACUCUUCUGUCUGGACCAUCAGCAGCCAGUGUGUGUCGUCUGUCUACAUUCAGUAACACACAAAAACCACAGCUUCAGUCCCAUCGAUGAAGCUGCAGAACAACACAAGAAGGAACUUCAGGAAACUCUGGAGUCCUUAAAGGAGAAGUUAAAGAGUUUAGAAAAAGUUAAAGUGAAGUUUGAUCAAACAGCAGAACACAUUAAGGUCCAGGCCCGACACACAGAGAGGCAGAUUAAGGAGCAGUUUAAGAAGCUUCACCAGUUUCUAGAAGAGGAAGAGGAGGCCAGGAUGGCUGCACUGAGGGAGGAAGAGGAGCAGAAGAGUCAGAUGAUGAAGGAGAAGAUGGAGGCUCUGAGCAGAGAGAUAGCAGCUCUUUCACACACAGUCAGAGCCACAGAGGACGAGCUGAGAGCUGAAGACGUCUCAUUCCUCAACAACUACAAGGCUGCAGUGGAAAGAGUCCAGCAGCGCCCCCUGCUGGAGGAUCACCAGCUGCUCUCAGGAGCUCUGAUAGACCAGGCCAAACACCUGGGCAACCUGACCUUCAACAUCUGGAACAAGAUGAAGGACAUGGUCUCCUACAGUCCUGUGGUUCUGGACCCAAACACUGCUCAUCCAAGACUCAUCCUGUCUGAAGAUCUGACCAGAGUGAGACUAGGAGAGGAACAGCAGCUUCCUGACAAUCCAGAGAGAUUUGAUUAUUGCUGGUCUGUCCUGGGCUCUGAGGGUUUUAACUCAGGGACUCACAGCUGGGAUGUCGAGGUUGGAGACAAUACAGACUGGGAAGUGGGUGUGUUAGCAGAGUCUGUCCAGAGGAAGGGAGACAUAUGGUCUGGAUUAUGGGGAAUAUGGUUCUGUGGAGGUGAAUACUCAGCAGUGUCACCACCAGCUUCAGAAACUGUUCUCUCAGAGCAGAAGAAUCUCCAGAGGAUCAGAGUGAAUCUGGACUGGAACAGAGGAAAGUUGUCGUUCUCUGAUCCUGAUACUAACACACACAUACACACCUUCAGACACACUUUCACUGAGAAGCUGUUUCCAUACAUUAACACUGUGGAUAAUCUCCCAGUGAGGAUGUUACCACUGAAGGUCUCUGUGACAGUGGAACAGAUCAGGAGAGAGAAACAAACACAAGAGUGUCCAGUUUGUAAGAGAAGAUCUUCAAGAGAAGAUCCACCUGUUAGUCUGGUGUUAAAGAACCUGUGUGAGUCCUUCUUACUGGAGAGAGAUCAGAGAUCUUCAGAGGCUCUCUGCAGUCUGCACUCUGAGAAACUCAAACUCUUCUGUCUGGACCAUCAGCAGCCAGUGUGUGUCGUCUGUCUACAUUCAGUAACACACAAAAACCACAGCUUCAGUCCCAUCGAUGAAGCUGCACAACAACACAAGAAGGAACUUCAGGAAACUCUGGAGUCCUUAAAGAAGAAGUUAGAGAGUUUAGAAAAAGUUAAAGUGAAGUUUGAUCAAACAGCAGAUCACAUUAAGGUCCAGGCCCGACACACAGAGAGGCAGAUUAAGGAGCAGUUUAAGAAGCUUCACCAGUUUCUAGAAGAGGAAGAGGAGGCCAGGAUGGCUGCACUGAGGGAGGAAGAGGAGCAGAAGAGUCAGAUGAUGAAGGAGAAGAUGGAGGCUCUGAGCAGAGAGAUAGCAGCUCUUUCACACACAGUCAGAGCCACAGAGGACGAGCUGAGAGCUGAAGACGUCUCAUUCCUCAACAACUACAAGGCUGCAGUGGAAAGAGUCCAGCAGCGCCCCCUGCUGGAGGAUCACCAGCUGCUCUCAGGAGCUCUGAUAGACCAGGCCAAACACCUGGGCAACCUGACCUUCAACAUCUGGAACAAGAUGAAGGACAUGGUCUCCUACAGUCCUGUGGUUCUGGACCCAAACACUGCUCAUCCAAGACUCAUCCUGUCUGAAGAUCUGACCAGUGUGAGACAUGGAGAGGAACAGCAGCUUCCUGACAAUCCAGAGAGAUUUGAUUAUUACUGGUCUGUCCUGGGCUCUGAGGGUUUUAACUCAGGGACUCACAGCUGGGAUGUCGAGGUUGGAGACAAUACAAACUGGGAAGUGGGUGUGAUAGCAGAGUCUGUCCAGAGGAAGAGAAACAUACGGUCUGGAUUAUGGGGAAUAUGGUUCUAUGGAGGUGAAUACUCAGCACUGUCACCAUCAGCUCCAUCCACUGUUCUCUCACUGCAGAAGAAGCUCCAGAGGAUCAGAGUGAAUCUGGACUGGAACAGAGGAAAGUUGUCGUUCUCUGAUCCUGAUACUAACACACACAUACACACCUUCACACACACUUUCACUGAGAAGAUGUUUCCAUUCAUUAACACUGUGGAUAAUCUCCCAGUGAAGAUGUUACCACCGAAGGUCUCUGUGACAGUGGAACAGAUCAGUGAUAAAUCAGAGAUAAACAGUCUUGUGGAGUAACACAAGUGUAACUGUAUUUAUUUACUUUUACAUUUACAUUCUUAAAGUAACACCUUUAGGUAAUCUAUUGAUUUUAAUUCUACAUUAUUCACUCUGAAAUUUGAGAAAGUAGUUGUGGUUUAGUUGCUGACAUUUGCUACUUAGUUAGCUACCAACUUAGCUGAAUUGCUAGCCAAUCCCAAAUCAGCCUGUUAGCAUAUUAGCCAGGUCUAACUAAGAAACAAACCACUGAAUGGAGAACAGCCAAUUUACAACAACUAUAUUUUCAGCUCAAAAUUUCUGUCCAUUAGCUUAUACCUACCUAAACGUGUGAACUAGGCCUACAGCGUUUUGGAAUGUGGGCUGACUUCCUCUCUCUGUGAAGCUCUGCAGAUUUACAUUAUUGUUCUUUCCUCCAUUUCAUCCUGUGGGAAAACAGAUGAGGUAAAAACGGCUUUUUCUGGUGCUGUUUUUAUUCCAAAAGAUUUAGUUGCAAGACAACGAAGUGAAAACAAAAUGUUCCAUGAAACUGUGAAUUCACAGUUUUAUUAUCUUCCUCUCUGAUUUUUCACUCUAGAAUAAUGCUGUGGAAAAUAAAAGGUAAAGGAAAAAUCGGGUCUUAAUCAGACAGAACGUCACCUACUGUCUCAUUAUUCCAGUGGUGUGUUUAUCUUUCUUUUAGUUCUCACUGUGUUUUUUUCUACUUUCAUGUCUGUGCGUUACCUUCAGAGCUGGAGUCAGGACGUAGUUAGCCUAGCUUAGCAUAAAGACUGAAAGCAGAGGGAAACUGCUAGCCCGGCUCUGCUGAAAGUUAAAAAACAAGACCCACCAACCUCUCCAAAGCUCACUAAUUUAACAUGUUAUAUCUCAUUGGUUUAAUUCCUACAAACAUGUAAUAAUGACAAUGUGUGGUCUGAAGAGGAGUGUGUUGUGUAAAGAAAGUUCAGCACUCACCUUCCCUUAAAAAGAACUGUCUGAAUCUGUUUAAUGACACCAAGCCAUACUGCAGAAAUAUUAUUAUUAUUAUUUUAUUAUGGUGAUGAUUAUUAGCAGUAUAGUAUAGUAGGAACAGUAACAGUAGCAGUAAGGAAAUGGCACCAUGUAAUUAGACUCAGUUAUGUAAUAGACCUGUGUAACUGGUCUAAAUAAAGAUUGACGGAGUGCACUUGAGUAAAAAUGAAUAAGAUAUAUAUAUACAUUUAUAAUGUAAUAUAUUCCUGGUAUGAUAACUGAGAAUGAGUAUUUAAAUAUUGAUAGUCUUUAUAUAAAUGCUGUAUUUCCGGAUGCUGAUGUUGAUUUAAUAUUUCUAGCUGAAAUAAAAACGUCAUUUUUAA